UCCUUCUCUGUACUUAUGUUUAAUGGGAGCAUGAUAGACACUCUUUAUAGGUUACAAGGGGUUGCACCCCCACAUCGUGUCAGUUCGUUUGGCCUAUUCGGAUGCCAUGAUUUUGAGCAACCUUUUCAACAAUUUGAAAAGGGAUGUUUGAGCAUAUGUUGGUGGUGUGCUGGCACAUCUUAUCAUGUAGGCCUCAUGAAACAAACUCAUGAAAAAGAAUAAAAAAAUACCCCAUCCGCAGCUAAAUGCCUAAACCUGUCAUGUUUUUAGCGAAGCCUCAGAGAGAAAAAUCUGCCAUAAAAACAAAGUCGCACUCUGGUCCUUUGUUAUGGUUCACUCCACAUAGAUAUUUCCCUCUCCAAAUCUGCAUCAGCUUAGCAGCGGUAUGUAGCAGGGACCUUUUUUCUGAAUGCUGCUUUUCUCUCUACAUUUAUACUCAUCUCCAUCAGAUUGUGGCUUGCUACCAUUAUAACUUUCAGCAACUUUUCAGAUACCUUUGUUUUGUCAAAAGGUUGUUUAGUUUGUUUAUCUUUAAUGGGUUGUUUGAACUCAUUUAGGUGAUGUAAAAAUACAUGUGAGUUUAAUGAAACAUCAAAUGUGAUUGAAUUUGAAGAUGAUAGUUCUUUGAAUGGGCUAUUUGACUCAGUUGCUUGAAGUUUUAUUGUUCCUUUGAUCUCUCUUUA